AUGUAUGAGUUACUCAUCGUCAGAAAGCACGGGAAAGAACGUCAGCACCAGAUAUUCACGACUUUUCCGGACUAUGACGAGUAUCGGACGAAAGAUCUCUAUGCUCGUCAUGAUUCGGAGCCAAAUCUCUGGCGUCACGUUGGUCGAGCAGACGACACCAUAGUCUUUUUGACGGGCGAAAAGGUCAAUCCGGUCAGUAUGGAGCAAUACAUAUUCUCCCAGAAUCCCGAAGUCGCUGGAGCACUCAUCGCAGGGUCUCAGCGCUUUCAAGCGGUCCUUUUGGUAGAACUUGUCGACAAGAGCAUGUUACAAUCUACUAAGAGAUCUGAAGUCGUCGAGAAGAUCUGGCCAUCAAUCAAAUAUCAAGCCUUUGCCACGAUCCCCAAAGGAACCAUUCAAAGAGCAACAGCUCUGAAACAUUAUGCAGAGGAGUUUGAUGCCUUGUACGAAACUGCUGAUGAAGUAUAUGUCAGCGGCGAGGUUGGGACUCAAAUUGGCCCUCUGGACAACGACGCUGUACUUUUGUAUCUAACGAGGGCGGCAUGGGAAAUCACUGGACGAGUGUUUGGGCAGGAAGACAAUUUCUUUGUCAACGGCAUGGAUUCUCUGCAAGCUUUAUUGUUAGCUCGAGAUCUAAAGACAACUCUCGCCAACCCGACAUGGAAUGUCGAUGUGAUCUAUGGGUAUCCCUCUAUAUCACUGCUCGCACAGUACCUUCAGACGGAUUCAUUGGCCAGGCCGACUUCUCUGCUAAAUGGCCCCGAAAACUUACAACAUAAUAUCGUUACUAUCCUGAAAAUCUACGAGGCCCGUGUCGACGAUAUCGAACAACCUGCUUUACCUCCUCGUACAGAACCUCACACGAAAGUAUUUCUAUUGACGGGGUCUACUGGGCUUCUGGGAUCACAUCUUUUGGACGAUCUUUUGCAAACGCCGGAAGUUGAACAUAUAUUCUGUUUGAAUCGCAAUUCUGCCUCAAAAUUUCAGACCAAGCGGAAUAGUUCGCGAUCCCUGGUGAGCCAGUUCCCGGCGAAGCGGGUCACGUUUCUUACAGCAAACUACUCUGAGCCGUAUUUCGGCCUGCAACCUGAGAUAUAUCAUUCGCUUCUGGAAGAUGUCACAAACAUCGUGCACAAUGCGUGGCCUGUCAACUUCAAACUGGCCCUAUCUUCAUUCUUUCCACAACUCGAUGGCGUGAUAAACUUCAUCAAGUUUGCAGCCUGUGCGUCGCACUCACCUCCUAUACUGUUUGUCUCCUCAGUCAGUGCAGCGUCCGAGUUUCGUGGCUCUCCUAUCCCAGAGGCAGUCAUUACGGAUUCGUCAGCCCCAGUAACUACGGGAUAUGGUCAAAGUAAAUAUCUUUCCGAACGCAUUUUAGGCUACGCAGCUCAGAAACUUUCGCUGAAGACACAAAUAGCAAGAGUUGGCCAGAUAGCAGGACCCCUGUAUGGAAAAGGAGAAUGGAAUAGAUCUGAGUGGUUUCCUAGCUUGGUGAGGUCCUCCAUCUACCUCGGAGCAAUACCUAAGUCUCUCGGUCCCAGCUUGGAUCAAAUCGACUGGAUUCCGAUUGACAUUCUAGCAAGGAUACUGGUGAGCCUCACUAGAGUCCCCCUCCAUGCACCACAUGACCCGAAUGGGUCUGAAAGCGCCUCCUCUUGUGCUGCUGAUGUAUACAAUCUGCUCAAUCCAAGUCUUGCAGAAUGGAAAGAACUCCUCCCUUUCAUUACCAAAGCCGUGUCUUUCGCAAAUUCGGAGAAUGGCGCGAGGCAGAUUGACAAAGUAUCGUUUGAAAAUUGGCUUUCACUUGUGAGGGAAGACAUAGAAAGUCAAGAGAGCAUCAGUGGAAAUGAUCUCAGAGAUGCGUUGGACCGUAAUCCUGCUUUUCAACUGUUGGACUUUUGCAGAGAAGAGAUGAAAAGAGAAAAAAGCAAGUGGAUCACUGGAAAAAGCCAGGAUGCAAGCGAUGCUUUGCGAAACCUUGGGCCUAUCAAAGGGGAAUGGUUGGAGAAAUGGAUGAAAGGUUGGGAAUGA